UGCAAGUCGAAAGCCAAUAAGUCAUGGUGAACUGUAAAAACACGAGAUGUGUCAAGGGCGUCAAGCAACAGAGGGAAAGGUAUCAGGACCAAGCGGCGGUGCACAUGACAAGGGAUCGGGUUCGCCUCUGGGAUCAGGACCAACUAGCGGUGCACAUUGCAGGGGAUCGGGUUCGCCUCUGAGAUUAGGACCAAGUGGCAGUACACAUGGCAGGGGAUCGAGAGGCGAUGCAAGUGAGCAGGAUUUGGGAGGAAGCGGCGGUGCAAGCGUCAAAGGCGUAAGUCAUGGAGAACUGCCGAAACGUGUCGAGGACGUCCUUCCGGAUGACCAAGUUUGGGCGACCACUGUGAUGGCGAGCGAGAGUGUUACUGCUCAAGUGGAUAAUACUGGUGCACUUGCAGAAUUAGAGAUGCCAUCGUUGGAUAUGCCAGCUGAGAAAGAUGAUCAUGAAGUCUCUCUGGACAUUAAGAAUGAAAGCGUGACUGUAGGUGCAAAGGAAACUGUCCAUGUACAUGCCAUCGAAGAGGAUGAAGGACAUAUAUUCAUGACCGUUCGUUCCAGAUUCCUUUAGCAACAAAACGCCUCACCGUAG